AGAGAGAAGUAAAGGGGGAACACUGAGGGAGUCAAGAGCUCAAAAAGCAAGACGGCAGCUCAACGAAUCAGAUCAGCAGCAUUCCUCUGACUACUGCAGAGAUCCAUGCUGGGAGGGGAAGUUCGGCUUACAAGGGAAGAACAACGCAAGAAGUUGCAUUUUUAUUUCACAUUUUUCCCCUGGGUUGAGACAUCUGAAGACUCCUGAAGAAGAAGAGUCACAAGAACGGAGAGGAGUCUUCUGUCUUCGAGUGUCCUGAAGGAGAAGAUGGAUUCAGACUCUGGAGAGCAAAGUGACGGAGACAUCUCUGCAGGACAGGAGAGUUUUAACUCUCGUUCUCUGGCGCUGCAGGCCCAGAAGAAGAUCCUGAGUAAGAUGGCGACCAUGGUGGUGGCCAACAUGCUGACGGAUGACAUCAGCAGUGAGAUCCUGGACGAGCUCUACAGGGUGAGCCGGGAGUUCACCAAGAGCAAGAAGGAGGCCCAUAAGAUCAUCAAGGAUGUCAUCAAGAUUGCACUGAAGAUUGGCAUCUUGUACCGCAACCACCAGUUCAGCCCGGAUGAGCUGGACACCGUGGAGCGCUUCAAGAAGAAGAUGAACCAGGCGGCCAUGACGGCGGUGUCAUUCUAUGAGGUGGAGUACACCUUUGACAGAAAUAUUCUGUCAGAGCUCCUCCUGGAGUGCAGGGACCUGCUUCACACCCUGGUCGAGCAGCACCUGACCGCUCGCUCACACGCACGCAUCGAUCACGUUUUCAACCAUUUUGCCCAUGGGGAGUUCUUGGCCGAGCUGUACGGGGACGGAGAGGAGUACAGACUCUCUCUGAGGAAAAUCUGCAAUGGCAUCAACAAACUGCUGGAUGAAGGAACGCUUUAACAUUUUGCUUUUCACCAUUUUGACCUUUUAGCUCCUUCUUUUCUUGCUCCUACUCGUUCCAGUGUCUCCUGCCUCCGUCUAUUUCCUCUUCACCUGCUCCCCCCUGACAGCCACAUCCUCUAUCUUCUUACUCUCGUCUUCCUGUUUCUUCCUCAUUCAUUCCCAUGGACGUUGACGUAACAUCCUGCUGCUGUGGUUCAAUGAGGGACUUUUUUUUGGACUGUCUUUCCACUCAGUGAAUCAUUACCGCACACCAGGACACCCUGUUUCACAUUGUUUGCAUUAUAUACCCUUUAUGUUAUGUGUGCAAAAGCAUACUGUACCGAUGGCCAAAAAAACAUACAAUAGGAUGUUUGGAUGUGGAAGAUAAUUGGAUGUCGUAAUCUGUUUUCAUGUAUUUUGUUUUUUUUUGGGGCAUGUGUGUUUGCAUUUGGGUUUAUGUGUAUGUCUGCACAGAAACAUGUAUUUGUAUGAGAUUUGCUUGAAUAGUUUUGUGAAGUGUUUGUACAUAAGACCUACUAUGUCAAGGUGUUUGUGUCAAUCUUCAACCAAGGGUGUAAUGCUUGUCUUUUAUUAAAGUUUUCUUUAAAUCA